AAGGCUGUGGGCAGCUCACAGGGCUGGGGCUCUCAGGGCUUUCCCUGACCCUCUGAAAUGGGGCUGCACAGUGCUCCAUGUCCCACAUCCACAGUCUGCUGCCGAGGGAGCGUGUUCUGCUGAUCUGCUGAGGAUGCCAAGGGAACACGAGCCCAGCACUGGCACCACAAAAGGGAAUAGGUCAGGACAACCCCACGCUGCUGCCUGGGCUGGAGCAAUGACAAGUUACAGCGUGGGAAUCCUUGCAAGCGUGUUCCCUUUGGGAUUAUCUCUGAAUUUUCACCUGGCACUGCCACUGGGAGAUUGAGAACUUUCUUCCAGUGCAUUUAAGCCCACAGGGCGGGGGAAUGCAGGUGUAAAGGUCAGUGGUGCAAGAGCUGAGGCGAGCUGCCUGGACUUCAGCCUUCCCUUCAAUCCACGGCCAGAGAAACUCCAGGGAAAUUCGGCCGAGGGCAGAGCAGCGAAGGCGCAGUGCUGUCCUGCAAGGUUUGCUCCUCGCUUCUCUUGGGGGGGUUUGGCAGGGUUUAAAGUGGGCAGACAGCUCUCCAGGGUUUUGGCAUUCACUGCUGGCUUUGCCUUGCUGCUGGUGGGGGGAGAGGGGUGUUGCAGGGACCCUCUGGAGUAAAACCAUCCGCAGGCAGCAUUGGAAAAGUGGGGUGAUUUGAGCACCCUGAGCUUGCCUGCCCUUUCCUGAAGCCAAAGAAGGCUCCAGAAACAAGGCAGGUGGCUGUGGGCAUGUCCUGCCCUGUUCCUGCAGAUCAAGGAGUGGCUCAGGCCAGGCUUGUAGAUGCCAAAGGGGUUGUUUUGCACCUCCCUCAUUUUUCCCUAACUUUCUUCAGUUUCCUCCAGUUUCUAUUUAUGUUAAUUUACUUUUUGACACAAACCCCAUAUAAAAAGUUAUAAAUUACUUUUUUUGCAGACCCUGCAGUAGCAGUAUUUCUUAUCUAAUCAAAGUUCCCGUGGGUUCAUUUUUUCCUAGUUUCUUUGCUUUCCAGUCAAGCUUGGUGCAGCUCAGUUUACACAUCCCAGCUUUGAGUUCCUCCCAUUUAUAUCCAGCGUUUCCGCGGUUUCUUACCUUUUGUAUAUCCUGUAAUCCUAGCCUUGCUUUCACAGAGCUGUCUAACUUCUGAAUGGCUGCACCGUGCUCCUGCUCAGUCAGGCAUUGCUUUGCUUUUUUCCCUCUUUUUAAACCCUUUUUGUUUUCAAGAGAUUGCUCUUUAAUAGGAAGUUAAAAAGGAAAGCAUGAAAACGAGCCAGCUUGGCUGGAGUUGCUUCUCCCAAAGGUUUCAGGACAAUAGCUUUGUGCAGGCAGUAGAAGAUAGCUGCAGUUUCUUUGCAUGCCCUGGUUUGGGCUGGAAAAGAGAAGAAAUUGAAGCAGCAGAACAGCGAGGUUUAAAAGUGCCUCCUUUUCCCAUGGAGAAGGGAGAUUCCUGGAGCCCCAAAGUGGGUUUAGCACAGCAGGAAGGGCAACGAGCAAGAUCUGUGCACAGCACUUGCACCAGCAGCUGGCCACGGCUUUCUCCCAGGACAGUUUUCCUUCAUGGACACCUGCGGCCAGAGCAGACCGGGGGGGUUUGCUGGGAUGGGAAGAAGGGACUGGCGUUUCUGCUGAUGCCUGGGCUGUUGUGUUUCCAGCUGCUCUCACAGCUGUAGGCCAGCAUGGUCCGGCGCGUGGCCGUGAUCGGGGCUGGGGCUGGGGGCUUGGCCUCUGUCAAGUGCUGCCUGGAUGAGGGGCUGGAGCCCACCUGCUUCGAGAGCAGCGAGGACAUCGGCGGCAUCUGGCGCUACACGGACUCCACAGACAGCAGGAGGGUCACUGUGUACCGCUCAGUCAUCACCAACACCUCUAAGGAGAUGUCCUGCUUCAGCGACUUCCCCUUCCCCGAGGAUUUUCCCAACUACCUGCCCCACAGCCUGAUCCUGGAAUACUUCAGGAUGUACGCCCGGCACUUCGACCUCCUGCGGCACAUACGCUUCCAGACAACAGUUCUCAGCAUGAGGAAGCGCCCGGAUUUCGGCACCUCAGGCCAGUGGGAGGUGGUCACCGAGACCCAUGGUGUCCGUGAGUCCCACGUCUUCGACGCUGUCAUGGUUUGCACCGGCCACUACCAGGAGCCCUACUUGCCAUUGGCUUCUUUCCCAGGCAUUGAAAGUCGCUUCAAAGGCCGGUGCCUGCACAGCCGGGAGUACAGAGAUGUGCAGGAUUUCCGAGGAAAACGUGUCCUGGUGGUUGGCAUUGGCAACACCGGCGGUGACCUCUCCGUGGAGCUGAGCCGUGUGGCUGCCAAGGUGUUCCUCAGCACCAGGAGCCACACGUGGGUCGUCAGCCGGGUCUCAGACCACGGCUUCCCCUUGGACAUGGUCGGCACCACCCGUUUCAACUCCCUCCUGGAGUGGCUUCUCCCAUCAGCCCUCACAAGGAGGAUCAAGUUUCGGAAGUUCAAUUCAUGGUUCAACCACACAAACUAUGGCUUGGCUUCCAGCAAAAGCUCCAAAUUUAAGGUGAUUAUCAAUGAAGAGCUGCCAUUCUGCCUCCUCUCUGGGACUGUGGUGUUGAAGCCAAACGUGAAGGAGUUCACUGAAAGCUCUGCUGUUUUCGAAGAUGGGACAACUGAAGAAAACAUUGACGUGGUGCUCUUUGCCACGGGCUACAACUUUUCCUUCCCCUUCCUUGAGGAGUCUGUUCGCAGCACCAUCAAGGACAACCGUUCCCUCUACAACUGCGUCUUCCCUCCCCAGCUGGAAAAGCCCACGCUGGCCAUCAUUGGCUUGAUCCAGCUGACAGGCUCUAUUAUGGUGGGAUCAGAAAUGCAGGCUCGCUGGGUCACAGGGGUCUUUGCAGGCUGGAACAAGCUGCCUCCCCCCCACAGGAUGAUGGCUGAAGUUUUGAAGAGGAAACCACCAGUCAAAAGGAAUCCGUCUGAGAGGGAGAACCUGAAGAUGAGUUUUAUCAGCUACGUGGACAAAAUCGCUGCGUGUGCUGGCAUCAAGCCCAGCGUGUCUAGGCUGCUGCUGACAGACCCCCAGCUGGCCCUGGCUAUCUUUUUUGGGCCCUGCUCCCCCUACCAGUACCGGCUGGUGGGACGGGGCAGGUGGAGCGGGGCCAGAGCUGCCAUCCUGACCCAGUGGCAGCGCUCGCUGAAGCCCUUGGGAACGCGGCUGCUGGAUGAGAGCUCCAGCAGCUCCUGGGGCUGGUGCUGGAUGUGCCUCCUGGCUCUGCCAGCAGCUCUCACAGCAGCUUGGCUCUUCUCUAAAUCCCCCCAGCCAGGCUGGAGCCCCCGGGCAGGUCCCCAGCUGUAGAAGGACCUGGAGAGACGCGAUGCCAGGUGACGUGGGGAUGGUGCAAAGCUGUGCCAGCUGCUGCCAGAGGGCUGGAGCUGGCACCAGCAGCAGCCUGGACCCGGGGGCUGAGUGUGUCCAGCCACCUCCUACUGAUGUUUCACCAAAAGUGACACAGAGUGUUCACCCUGAACCAUUCUGGGAUGAACUGCUGAAUAUGAGGCCAGCCUUCCUCCCCCCUGCUCCCUGAAAUCUGGGCAAGGCCCACACCACCAAGAGAUUUUGUGAAACAUGAACUGUCGAGAGCCACUUCUGUGUCUGGUAACUUUCAGGACGUGAAGGAGGGAGCCACAAAUAAACCUCGCAGAUCUGGUCUUUGCUGAUGGUUUUAUUAAUGGUUUAUUAUCAGGGUGUGUGAGGUGGAUCCCGAGCUGUGGCAGAGGGGAGAGUCUUGCCCUUGUAUAUAUAAUCUAUCCAUUGUAUAGACAGAAAUAUCAACAAAUAAGGUAUAGCAGAAAUGUUAUAUAUGUUAAUGUCAUGGUAUCUAAUAAUAAAUUAUACAUAGAGUGACAAAUCCAA